GAAUCCAAGCAUUUUUAUGUCACUCUGCAAAUUGUAUUUGUUUUUCCGCUUUGUGCAUGAUUGCGUUGAAAUCCUCACCACAACAAAAUGGUCACAAACCCAACCGUUUCAUUCAGAAGCCUUUCUGCAGAGUAAAUCCCAUAAUGCUGUUUCCUGCCCUUGACAUUGUGUUUGUUGAUUCUCCCAGAGUCAGCCAGAGAUUGAGUACUCCUUGCCUGAGUUACAAGCCCCGCGCUCCAACGUGGUCGACAAACCCUGGCCCCAAGUCAACUCCCACACACAGCGGCCACAUACUGGUGGGAGGUCACAUGGGGAGAGGAAUGCGGCAAAACCUGGGGUGAAAGGAAAGCAUAUCAGCCAGCAUGCUGAGGACCCAGCUGCUGAGCACGACUUCCUGGGCUGCAUGUCAAGGCGCUCAGGACUACCGCGCUGGAUUUUAGCAGCAUGUCUCUUCCUGUCUAUCAUGGUGAUGCUGUGGCUGAGCUGUGCCAGUCUGGUCACGGCACCGGAGCAGCAUGUCAAGAAUCAGCUUAGCAUCAAUGGAGAUAAAGAGUACAUGGAUGACGGCCAGAAGGUCAACCCCUACCACUUGACGCCAAUGAUUGCAAUGACAAUCGGCCAAUCGGAGGAGAGCAAGGAGGCGGGGCCACUUCCGGUCAAAGUCGACCUCAGCAAAACAUCACUGUAAAAGCACCGAAGCAGACUAGGGUUAAACUCAUCUCCAGAGCUAUUUCUCGCAACUUAAGGGGAAGUAACUUUGUUUUUCUAAAUAAAUAAAAAACAUGC